AGUCAGUCAUAAUCAAAUGAGCAGCACUCAAGGCAGCAGUUUAAGAUUACAGCUGCUUUGACAGCGUUUAUAUUGAUCUCCAAUGAUUCAAAUGGUUUCUUGGGACCAUAGAAACAUGUAAUGCUCUUUCUGCCUUUGACAGUCCUGUUUCAUAAUAGAUUGACAUGUCACAUGUGGGCUAAGUAAAUAGGGGUGGGCUGCGGUAAGAGGAACAGGAAGAGAGGAGACGAGUGAGAAGGUAGCAGUCAGACAGAACGGGCGAGAGCUUGUCACGUCGGUAUGUGAAACUCUUCAUUGCAGCCUUCUCUUUUUUUUUUCUACAUCAAAAUAUUUAGAAGACAAGUGACGGGAAAUAUGCUGUGCUCGGUGUGCGGUGACUUCAGAGGAUGAUGCUGUGAAAGUACAACUUUUAUUUAAGGAUUUGACAGCAAGAGUAAUGGACUGCGCAGAGAUCAAAGUAGAAAUGACUGAAGAGGGGCUUCUGGGAGCUCUCCACAUCACAGAAGAAGGGGACAUAACCCAGGGUGUUUCUGACAGAGGGACAGUUGUUGUUGCAGAGAGUGGCACUGAAGUUUCAGCUCUUAAAAGGGAAGAGGAACACGCAGGAGAGGACAAAAAAGAAAAAGAUGUAGUGAGUGAAACGUGUGUAGAAGAGCAGCGCCUGGAAAAACAACAAGAAACCAAUGCAGAGGACUUAACAGAGGACGCUGGAAACAUGAAUGAUGGACAAAAUAGAGCUGAUAAUGAGAGUGAUGGACAGACGCUUGAGAUGAGGAGGAUUAAUGGAAAAAAAAAAGAGAAACCCAGUGAUACAGAGGAGGAAAAAGUUACUGAAAUCAGCUCUGAAGUGGACAUAAAGAGCUUUAAAUCCUCUGAGCAACCACCUGAAGAAGACACAAAAGAGGCUCACCGGUUAACCCCGGACUUCCCGGAGUCGCUGUACGAGCUGCUCUGCACCCUCCAGGAGGGGAGGCGGCUCAAUGACCAGCGCUGCUCCUUCAGCCUGGAGGGAGGUGGGCUGAGGAGGAGGAGGUGCCACUCUGAGCCCAACACCGGCAAACCAGCACACAGAGUCAUCUUUUCCUCCAUGACUUCACUGCAGACGGAGGAGUUUUUCGAGCUGGUGGCAACUAGUCAGGCUCGCAGGCUGGAUGACCAGAGGGCACAGCUCGACAAGACUUCACCAGCAAAAUCAAAGACCAGAAGUUUCAGAGGCAGCAUAAAGCAGCUCUCUUUUGUGAGAAGGCCCGUGUCUGUUCCUGUACCAGCUCCCGCAGCGGCUCCUGUGCCCAAUGAGGAUCUUUAUAAUAUGAUUCUAACCACACAAGCUCAGGGCAGACUGGAGGACCAGCGCAGCAGGGCUCCUGGUCCCCAUGGACGACGAUGACUUCUUCUCUCUGCUCCUGAGGGUCCAGGGAGGACGCAUGGAGGAGCAGAGGACUGAACUACCAUGCCUGCUGCAAACCUGAGAUGGAGAAAAACAAAAGAACUGUGGGAGGUCACAGUGGAAGCCAUCCAGUAUUGUAGCUUUAUUAGCUUUAUUUACUGUUAAAACAGCGUUACUUUUUACGCUGAUGAUGCUUUUUUAGGGUCAUAUCAUCUCUUGUGAUCUUGUCGCUCAGUGCUAAAGCUGUCACAAGUUUAGCAACAUCGCUAAUAUUUGCGCAACAGUGCUACUAAUGCCACUAAAGAGAGGAUCCUGAUGUGAUUGUGAAGUUUACAAGUAAGGUAUUUCAAUCUUAUCUUGUAGAUAACAGCAAUAAUUGUGCUUUUUUUUUUAAUUAUACCUUUACUUUGUGUAAGUGAUGAGUGUAUGAGUGAUUAUGUGUUUGCACAGUUCUAAGUGUGGAGGAGGCAGUCUACUGAUCUCCAGAGUUUUUCUUUUUGUACAGUAGAUAAUGAAACACACCAGGGCGAUGGUAAUAAGACAAUAGUUUAAAGUGCUUGGCUGUAUAUUUUUCCUCCAGUAAAUAAACAUCUCUCUGAGCAA